UUUAAAGUGUACAUUAAUCUUAUCUGGUUUGUCGGGGACUAGUGAUUAGGGGUAAUGCCGGUUCAGAAUAAAAACCUAGAGAUUAGUUAACACACAUCGCCAAGCCACACCACCUCCAAAAUGAAAAACUCCGGAAAAUUGAAGGGAAAAACUUUAUUCAUCACGGGCGCAUCUCGGGGAAUCGGUAAAGCUAUUGCCCUGAAAGCGGCCGCCGAUGGAGCCAACAUAGUCAUCGCAGCCAAAACAGCGGAGCCCCAUCCAAAGCUUCCCGGCACAAUAUAUACUGCCGCGAAGGAAAUCGAACGUGCUGGAGGUCAGGCGCUGCCCUGCAUUGUGGACGUGCGAGACGAGCGGCAGGUGCAACAGGCCGUGGAAGCUGCUGUGACCAAGUUCGGGGGCAUUGACAUAGUGGUGAACAAUGCCAGUGCCAUUUCACUCACUGGCACACUCGACACUGAUAUGAAGCGUUACGACCUGAUGCAGAACAUCAACGCCAGGGGAACUUUUCUUGUAUCAAAGACCUGCCUGCCGUAUCUGCUCCGAAGUCAAAAUCCACACAUACUGAACCUUGCGCCACCACUGAACUUGAAUGCGCGGUGGUUCGCCAAUCACACAGCCUACACCAUUGCCAAGUACGGAAUGUCGAUGUGUGUGCUGGGAAUGGCAGAAGAAUUCCGUGGCCAGGGCGUAGCCGUAAACGCACUCUGGCCUCGCACUACUAUCCACACGGCAGCCGUGGAAAUGCUUAGAGGGUCCGAAGGAGCACUGUACUCGCGAAAGCCCGAGAUAAUGGCCGAUGCAGCCUAUGCUAUAUUUUGUCGCGACUCCAGAGACUAUACAGGGAACUUUUUUCUGGACGACGAAGUGCUACUAGACGCAGGUGUUAAGGAUCUUUCCAAAUACGCCUGCUAUCCAGAGAACAUACACCUGCUGGCUACAGAUGUUUUUCUAGAUGAUACAGGUCCUGUCGCUAAGUUGUAAAAUUAAUCAACUAUAGAUUUUUAUAAUAAUGGUGUGGAAACCACGUAUUUACAACAUUAAAGAAUGUACAUAAAAACUGUUGGUUAGCACUAUAAUUGGUGCUAAGAUCGACUUUGGACAAUUGUUCGUUUUCAAGAUAAUUACAAAAUGGUAAGGCGCAA